GGAUCCAGCCAUCACAGCACGUUCCGCACUCAUCCCGCAAUUGCACUCGUCGAACCCCGCCAUGAUCAUUGCGGUCAGGGGCGUUUUGAGCGUCGUCCAACAACCAAUCUUUCAACUCCACGACGCACAAUGAGAGUCUUGAAGAGUUCUAGUUCCUUGAAACGGUGACCGCACGCUUCUCGACCGAUACAGCAUCGGACCCCCCGACGUAGUCAUGACCAACUUUGACGACCAGAUAAAGAAGGCACUAGGCAUUUGCCGAGAGGAUUAUAAGAAGGCCUGGAGAUGCCUCUAUAUACAAUUCAGUGACGAGAGAGCAAUCCUUAUGUAUCGGUAUAGUACGUAUAUACAUAUAAGAGCGCGGUAUGCCAGCUGCUUUAUGCGGAAUGUCGAGGCCAGCGAUAAUAAUGCUAAGAGCUAUUUCCUGAAUGGUAUGAGCUAUUUAUACCGAGUCGAUAAGAUGUUAACGGCGCGAAAGCAAAGCAUAGGGUGCGGCUCAGAGUAUCUGGGCGAGCUUCCUGAGAUAGCGUCCCAGAAAGCAGUUUUUUUAAAAAGAAUUACUGGGGAGCACCGCAAGGCAUUAAAAGGCAUCCUAACCCCGGAACAUCCAUCGGAUAUCCAUCUGCGUUGGUAUUUGGGAGAGCCUGUAAGCGAAGGCGUAUAUCGCCGGAUCCUAGACCCAAAGAUUGCCAACAAUCUUCCGAGUAUGGUAGUUGGGGCCAGUAGUCAGACCCAGAGCCGUCAGCCAAAGCGCCGCGACCGAUCACCUCGAAGUUGA